GGACCGUUUUAAAAACGAACUAAAGAGCGCAAACAAAUCUAUAGAUUGGGAUGACGCUGUCAUGUUUAUGGAAACUGGGAUAGACUUCAGCGCUCUCUAUUUGAAGACAGAAGUGCCUGGAAAAUUCAGACUUAUAUCCACAUUGAUAUUUCAAACUGAGAACGUAGAUAUAUUAGUAUUUGGGUUGAAGUUGGUACCUCCGGGAUAUUUGGGAAUAAUGAAUUGUAAAUAUCGUUUGUGCUACGCUCUGGCUCCUGUUGACAAGAUGCCCGCAGAUAAGAAUAUCUUACCAUCAGCAAUGACGAUGGGUUUCAGUGGAGAUAGUAAUUAUUCGUACUUGAUGAAAUAUGACAUCCAUCGCAUGUCACCAUACAAUGAGGAUGAUGUUGAUGAUGAUGAACAAAUGGAAGUGGAUGCAGCACUGAAUAUUGAUGAUGAGGAUUAAAUUAUUUAGUACCGUAGAAAUAAGGUAGCAAAAAAUACAUUUACGAGAGCAGGAGGAACCACAAAAUAAUCAUAUUUAUUAACUUAAUGUUGUGCAAAGAU